GGACAAUUCCUUUUAGAAAGAGAUUGCCUCGGCGAAGUUUUCUCAGCGUAUGUUUAACUAUAGUGUAUUUUCUUAUUAACAGUGUAUGCUCCUGUAAUAUUCAUGUUAAAGGUUACACAUUUUGAAUUGAUUUCUAUUACAAUCCUUUUAUUAUUGAUAGACGGAUGGAUAGAUGGAUGGAUGAGUUCAGGGUUGGGCCCUAUCCAUGCCCUUUUUAUUGUGGGUAAUGGGCUCUAAACACUCAGGCCCAAAACAAAUUUCCUUUGCUAUUUCACUUUCAGGUAGAAUUCUAUAGUGAGGACUUCGUUUGGAGAGCGGGAGUUGUUAGCCGCCCAAAAACAAGGGUUAAAUUGAAAAGUGAGGGAAAGGAAGAAAGUGAAGAAGAAGAGCAGAGAGAGAGAGAGAGAGAAUGCAGAUUCGGGUGAAGUGCAGUUGCGGAGAAAGCAACUGCCCAGAAUGGGCGGUGGUGGAAUUGCAAGGGAUGGUGGAGGUUCAGUCCCAAUUUCAAGAUCGCCUCCACAACCUCCACAUCGGCCUCCUCUGCCGCCCUUCCGCCUCCUCCCAGGACCAAACCUACACAUUUACUGUUGGGUAUCACGAAUUGACAGGAACCAAACAGCCCUUGAAGAAGCCACUCUUGGUCUUAAGGAAACUCAAGCCCUCCCGAGACGCAGGGGUAGAAUUGGAAGUCAUCGGAAUUAUUCGCCACCGGAUUCUGUUCAAUACCAGACCUAUGGCCCUCAUUUCCAAACCACAACCAGCAGUGAAGAAGAAUAAGGGCAGCGAGCAAAUAGCAGCUCAGUUCAACUCCGUGCCUUGAAAAACCGAAGCAGCUUCUUCAAAUGCAUUCCUUGCGAAGGAUGUCAAAGAAAGGAAACAAAUGUAUUCAAAUGAUCCAAUGUCCCUAUUAUUUAUGUGGUACUAUUAUCAUUAUUCAAGUCCCUGAAUCUUGCUUCUGAUUCUUAUCGAGUACGAGACAAUUGCAACGAGGGCCAUGUUGAUACA